CCUAACAUUUAUCAUUUCUGAAAUUCUACUCAUCUGCAUAUCCAGUUUUCUAGCGGCGAUUUUCCGAUCAUCUCUCUACUACUUAUCUUGAUAUUCAAAUGAGUCGUCCACAGGAACCACACCGCCCUUUUCUCCCAUUUGGAAAUCCUUUCAAAUUUAUAUUACCUAAGGGCUCGUACUUGUCUCCUAAGCUUCUGGCUCUGUUAAAUGCCUUUGAGGAGUCAUUAACGGAGAGGGUUAAGAGUCUCAAGCCAGGAGGUAAGGAAGAUAUCCUCACGUUGUCAUGGAUGACACAAGCAAUAAGUACACUUUGUUUAAUUCAUACAGACGUGAAAACUCUCAUUACUGAGCUUGAACUUCCCGUAUGUGACUGGGAUGAGAAGUGGAUAGAUGUGUACUUGGACAACAGUGUGAAGUUGCUGGACAUCUGCAUUGCUUUCAGCUCUGAUAUCUCAAGGCUUAACCAAGGCCACCUUUAUCUUCAGUGCGGCUUGCAUAACUUGGAUGGAACCUCAAACCAGUUCAUGAAGGCUCGUUCCUCAUUUGACGGAUGGAAGCAGCAUAUCAAUUCAAAGAACCCAAGACUAGAGAAUUGUUUUGCCAUCUUGGACAGCCUCACGGAAUCACUGAACCUACCUAAGAUAAAGAAUUCUGCAAAAGGUAAGGUUCUAAUGCGGGCAAUGUACGGAGUGAGAGUAGUAACUGUAUUCAUAUUAAGCAUGUUUGCUGUCACGUUUUCCGGUUCUACAAAGGAGUUGAAAGACCUGCAGAUUCAUGAGACUUGCUUGUGGACAGAAGCAUUUGUUGAUGUUCGCGAUUUUAUCAGUCAGGAGAUCAGGAGUAUAUAUUCAAGUGGAAGGAUCACAGCACUGAAAGAGCUUGAAGUAGUGGAUACAAGUGUGAAGAAGUUGUACCCCCUCAUACAGAAUGGAGUAGAUCCUAAUGAAACUGAGCAGUUGCACCUCCUAACUUCAAAUCUGACUGAAAAGGCGGAAAAACUUUCAGGAGGACUAGAUCUGCUAGCAAAGGAAGCAGAUAGAUUCUUCCAUAUCCUUUUAACCGGACGCGAUUCUCUGCUCUGUAACCUUAGAAUUGAUAGUACUGUUUCUAACCCAGCGGAAGUGAACAACAAUGUAGAAAGGAAAGAGGUGAGGUGAACCUUAGAUAGAGGAGGAUGUGUCCUGUGUAUACAGGGGGUUCGUGUGUGUUUCUGUUUUAAGGUUGAUAUCCAUGUUCUAUUAAAUACUGCAAUAUAUAGUAAUUGUGAAAAGGGUGGUUGUUUGUGGUAUGGUUUCAAUCGGGUCGAUAUAUGUUUGGAUUGUCAUGUUACGUUAAUGAAGUAUAAAGUGGUUUAUCGAG